AUGCAAGGUCAUGGCGAACACCUUGCACAUCAGCGCAUCAUUGCCUUUGUAGAGUAUCAUGACACUCCUAAAAUGCUUGAGGGGGUUUUGGGGUCGAAAUCCCCUUUGAAUGGUGUGAAGGUAGGUGUUGAAAACCUCCUUGGUAGGGUUGCCUGCUCAAUUUCGUCAGUGAACAGGCGUCCUCUAAAUCUCCUCCGACCCUUAGGCCUUGGAGUUGAUCAUUCACGAGUUUCUCGAUGUCUUCCACUCGCAAUGUUUGUGGCUUUUGCUGCAAAUGUCUAUAAUGUCGGCAUCGCUGGUCAACCUCCUCAUCGGCUGACGGGGCUUGCAAAAGGUUUUACACAACAUGUGGCCUGGAAUAUGCUCUUCCUGUUCGAGCAUGUGAGUGCUUUCCUUCAUGUUCCCUAUGUGGAGGGCUGCACAGUUGGUCUCCCUGUGGGCUUAAUCUCAAACGGAUGCUUUUGUGCUAGCCCAAUAGGGUGUAGGCAUCAGAUUGUGCCCCUAAUCUCAAGUGCACAUUAG